GGUCUGGCGGACAACGGGUACCUUUUCCUGAGCCGCUCCGUGUCCCUGCCCUUCUCCAUCCCGGACGUGGGCGCCCGAUCCCGGCUCCGCAGCCUGGAGGCCGCCAUGGAGACGCGCGAGGACCUCAUGUACCGCAUCAUCGCCGCCAACGUCGAGCGCCGCCGCGCCAAGUACCGGAUAGAUCCCGUCCCUCCAACCGAUCCCGGCAUUCCCGGCAUCCCCAUGUCCCAUCCCGGUUUUCCCGAGGUGGAUCCCGAGGUGGAUGCCGUGCGCUGCAUCCACGAGGCGUUCCGCUGCCUGCACGACGCCUCGGACGCGCUGUCCCGCUACAUCCCCGCCAACGGAGCCCACGUCCGGCGCAUCGUCAACACCGUCCCCAUCACCCUGCGGCUCCUCCUGCACCGCGCCGGGAUCACCGGGAUCGUUGGGAUGAGCGGGAAGAGCGGGAUGAGCGGGAUAUACGAGGCGAUGCCGUCGCCGCGCGCGGCGGCCGCCUGGGUGGUGCUGGCGGACCGGUGGCCGUGCCGGCUCAGCUGGGCCCUGCAGUGCCUGGAAGACGCCCCGGAUCCCGCCCCAGAUCCCAAACCGGAUCCCAGGAUGGAUCCCGGGGCGGAUCCCGCGGCGGAUCCGGGCUCCAGGAAGCUGUGGAGCGUGUUCCAGGCGCACGUGGCGGAGCUGAGCGCGCUGCGGCAGCCGCUGCGAAACCUGCUCAGCCUGGACGGGGAUCCCGAGCAAUUCCGGGCUUUCCUGGACUCGGAUUUCCCCUUCACGGCCCGGGAGGCCCGGGAAUUCCUGGGGGUCACCGUCAACCUGGAUCAUUCCAUCCGGCACAAGAUGGGGCUGCUGCGGGCCCUCGAGCGGCUGCAGAGGGCGGCCAAAGCUCCCCCCGUGUCCAGGGGGGUCCAGUGCCCCCCAAAUUAGGGAAUUCCCAUCCUCUGGAAUGUUUUGGGAGCUGCUCUGGGGAUGGGGAGGGGGUUCCUAUCCCUCCCUGUCCCCCCUGGAAUAUUUUGGGAGCUGUUCUGGGGAUGAGGGGGAUUCCUGUCCCUCCCUCUGCCCCCUGGAAUAGUUUGGGGAUGGGGAGGGAUUCCUGUCCCCCCUGGAAUAUUUUGGGAGCUGUUUUGAGGAUGGGGAGGGGGUUCCUGUGCCCUGGAAUGUUUUGGGAGCUGUUCUGGAAUGGGGGGGAUUCCUGUCCCUUCCUGUCCCCUGGGAAUAUUUUGGGAGCUGUUUG